UUCCUCAUUGAAAACUUGAGGAAUCUGAAGCUUGACUGUCAAUGAGAAGAAUAGGCGGAACGAAUGUACCGCUAUUCCGGACGUACCAUCAUGUGGCUAUAAGUACCUUCUCUCAUGUUAGACCCAUCAUGAGAUAAACAUCGCCCAUCAUCGAUUAAUCAUCCCUAACGAAACCCACCCACCAGCACUUAGAAGCCACAAACCACAAAAAUCCAUGUCCUCACUCAAAGUAAGGGAAGCUGAAGCCGAUUUCAAUGUUCCUGGUGCAGGCAAGCCCUGCAAGACUUGGUACAAGGUGUAUGGUACUCUCCCCCACCCACAUAACCCACCUCUUGUAGUACUUCACGGUGGUCCCGGUUCAACCCACGAAUACCUCGACAUCCUCUCCGAGCUUACGCGCCUCUUCGACGUACCCGUUAUAGUUUAUGAUCAACUCGGCAAUGGACGCUCCACGCACCUCCCAGAGAAGAACGGAGAUGUGGACUUCUGGACUGUGCAGCUCUUCGUUGACGAGCUGCAUAACCUCCUGAAUCACUUAAAUAUCCACGACAACUAUAACGUACUGGGGCAGAGCUGGGGAGGGAUGCUGGCGUCAGAGUUUGCGACGCGCCAGCCAAAAGGCCUCGGGAAACUGGUGAUUGCUGACUCCCCAGCGAGUAUGGAGCUGUGGGUUAAGGCCGCUAACGAGUUGAGGAAGGAGUUGCCGAAGGAGGUACAGGAUGCGUUGAAUAAGCAUGAGGCAGCGGAUACAAUGACGGAUCCAGAGUACAUUGCCGCAACGAACGAAUUUUACAAGCGGCAUUUGUGCAGACUCGACCCAAUGCCUCAGUCCCUGUUGGACGGGCUUGCAUGGAUGGAAAAGGAUCCAACCGUGUACUCAACCAUGAACGGACCGAACGAAUUCUACAUCAGUGGCUCUCUAAGGACAUGGAGCGUGAUUGACCGGCUGCACAAUAUUCAGGCAACGACAUUGCUCAUCAACGGAAGGUACGAUGAAGCACAGGACAUGGUCGUAGAGCCUUUCUUUCAGCGUAUCCCGAAGGUCCGAUGGGUACAAUUUGCGGAUUCAGCGCAUGUCCCGCAGCUGGAAGAGACGGAAAGGUUUAUGCAGGUGGUAUGGGCCUUCUUGCGCGGUUAAAGCGACUGGAAGUAUAGAAGCAGCGUAAAAGAAAUCGUGAUCGGGUGUGCAGUGUAUGGUGUAAAUCGAUCAUGAGUGCGAGGUGUAAUAUCAAUGGAUUGAUGAGAUUGCAAGGCCUCCAAACUGGAAAUCGAUUGCAUCAGUUCAGCGUUUGAUCUGUU